AGGAGAAGUUUCAUGCAUUUUUGGGAUCCAGUGCCGCCAUACGAGUGAUGCAUCCCGCAAUCUUUCGCAAAACUGUUGUUCCAUUGAACAAGAAUCUUGGUCCUCUCACAAGAGCCUUCACACCAAUCCGCGCCAUGCAUGUCCAGUCGAUUCCCAUGUGGGUGGGCAGUAGCGACAACUACGCCUACCUGGUCACCGACGACAAGACCAAAGAUGCCGUCAUCAUCGACCCCGCCAACCCUCCCGAGGUCGCUCCCGUCCUGAGAAAGGCGAUAGAUAGCGGGGAGAUCAACCUCAAGGCAAUAGUGAACACACACCACCACUGGGACCACGCAGGCGGCAACAAGAAGCUGCGCGAGGAGCUGGGCCUGCCAGACCUGCCCAUCAUCGCCGGCAAGGGCGCCGAGGGCGUGACCAAGACCCCCGCCGACGGCGAGAGCUGGACGAUCGGAAGCAUCGCGGUCAAGGGCCUGUACACGCCGUGCCACACGCAGGACAGCAUCUGCUGGUUCAUGGAGGACGGCGACAAGGAGCGGGUCGUGUUCACGGGCGACACGCUGUUCCACGCCGGCUGUGGCAGGUUCUUCGAGGGCAACGCCGAGGAGAUGAACACGGCGCUCAACAAGACCCUCGCCUCGCUCCCCGACGACACCAAGGUCUUCCCGGGCCACGAGUACACCAAGAGCAACGUCAAGUUCGCCGUGUCGGUCCUGCAGAACGAGGCCAUCAAGAAGCUGCAGGCUUUUGCCGAGGCGAACCAGGAGACCCAGGGCAAGUUCACGAUUGGGGAUGAGAAGCAACACAACCCAUUCAUGAGGACAAGCGAUCCCGAAAUACAAAAGGCCACCGGCAAGACGGAUCCGGUUGAGGUUAUGGCAGCACUGCGUGAGGGCAAGAACAACUUCAAAGAGCCGAGCAGCACAAGGCUCUGAUUAUUAGCGAGCGAGCGAGCACGCACCAUGUAAUCACACAAAAGUAUUCAAGAGCAGCGGAGCGGCAAGAAAUGGAUUUUUCAUGAUUUGCAUGCUAUCUGAUAUCUAGCUGGUGUUGAGGGGUGUUCCCAUGUCAAAGCAGUCGCCAAUCUCUGGGUUGAGAAUGGGCAACAUCGACCGAGUGAUGGAAGAGUUUGAUCUUGCUUCAGUGUCCACACUUUGCCGCCCUGGAGUUAUAAUGAUUGGAGACGGAAAGCUCUAGCUAUUGAAGAAGCGAUGUAUGUUCACGGGGAAAUGACAAGAGUGGUCCGGUACUCGACUCGGGCCAGCAUAUUCUCACCUCACCACCUCCCAAGGCAGUUCAUCGGACGGCUGUGAAUGCGAUCGGCACCGUAAGAGGACCACAGGUCGACGACGUCGCUUGAGCAUCGUUGCAAUCCUCGGCCAGAAUGAAAUGCACUCGACUGCCAAACCCUCCAAUUCUCUCCGGCGAUAGGACAAGGACGGCCUCAGGCAUGUUCGGGGACGGUAGAUGCCACAAUUGUUGAUGGCACAGUCUGAUAGUCGAAUGCUUGGCUUCGACCAUUGCCGACUUUCACGUCGUCCGUUCGACUGCCGGAUUGAAGCAUGACGACAGAUGACACGAAACCCGCAUCGUGGCUAUCGUGGUAUGGGAGGCCCUUGUGCAUCGCACAUCUCGAGUCGUUGUUCCCAAUGUGCCGGGGAUGUUGGGACGGAGGUCAGUUGACGCGUUGGAAAGAAG